AGACGUCAAAUGUGAUACGAAUGAAUGGUUAUAAUUUAGUCUGUGAUUGUUAUUGAACUUCUUGUGUUGUGUUAGCAACAGUGCUUUAAAAAUAAUUGUAUUGUACAAUAAACAGAUUAUUUUUAUACUCGUCGGAAGGUGGUCGUAUGCGAAAUGUUUCCACCGAGUCGCAUUCGGGGCUGCCUUCCAGUUAUAAACCCUUUGUUUCGACAGAAGCUACGGCCUCAUCGUCCGUUCCGUCAAACAUCUACGCUUCACAAUCAAACAAAGGCUUCUCAAAUACAGAAAACUAAAUGGAUGAAUCUCCGUUCGAUAAUAACACGUUGGGUGCCUCUCGGUAGUGUGAUUUACGUCGGUUGGUGUUACAUACGCGCAAGUAUCGACUAUGAAGUGUCUAAAAUCGAAAUUCGCUUCUACGAAAUGUUUCCAUUUCGCGUUACCAGUAGAUUGUGGGGUCGGAUUGCUGCAUGUGAACUACCAAUUUCGUUGAGAAGUUUCGUGUAUGGAACUUACGUGAAAAUGUUUAAUGUCAACAUGAACGAAGCGGCGAUUCCAGAUUUGACUUAUUACAAAAGUUUGUCAGCAUUUUUCACACGCCCUUUAAGAGAUGGGGCACGUUUUAUAUCACCGGCUCCAUGCGUAUCACCUUGCGAUGGUGUAGUUUUGAAUUGUGGUCCCGCCGAUACAGAUAAAAUAGAACAAGUAAAAGGUGUCACUUACAGCUUAGAAGAGUUCCUUGGGGACAAUAAAUGGUCCAAAAACAAAGGUACCAGUUAUUACGACUCUUUAAUAAUAAACAAAGAUAAUAUCUUACACCAGUGCAUAAUUUAUUUAGCACCCGGUGAUUAUCAUCGGUUCCAUUCUCCGUGUGACUGGACAUCGACGUUUAGACGGCACUUCUCCGGAAAACUUCUAUCGGUGAACCCGUGGAUGGCACGACUCAUCCCCGGUCUGUUCACGAUGAACGAACGAGCGGUUUAUGUUGGCGAGUGGAAGUAUGGCUUCUUUAGUAUGGCUGCUGUCGGUGCGACAAAUGUUGGUUCUAUAGAAAUAUACAAAGACCCACACCUGCAAACGAACACAAAAGGUAAACGCAACCGAAUCAAUGAACAGGAUCUCGGGCAACUAGAUAUAAAGAAAGGUGAAUUAUUCGGUCAAUUCAAUAUGGGUAGUACGAUAAUUUUAUUGUUUGAAGCUCCUAAAGAUUUUAAAUUUGAAUUUUCCGCUGGUGACAAAGUGUUAGUCGGUCAAGCUUUGUCGAUGGCAUCCAAAGAGCAGAUGAGAUGACCUGCUUAUAAAGAUCUAGCGCAAGCUGUGCAGUAUUUGCUUGUUUUAUAUGUUGUCUCGCUGUUGCUAUAAUGUCUUAUGAGAGAUCAGAGUGCCUCUUAAUGUACAAGAGGCAAUAAUUUGAAAUCAAUACUUGAUUAUAUGUGUUCUAUGUAAAAUAUUAACAAAUUAGCAGUUACGGUUUUCAGAAAGCUGUUUUUAUGAUGUCAACAUUAAGUUGAAGCCAUAAUCUUGUCGUUCAUAUUUUUAUUGAUUUGAAUAAUGUAGUGUUCGCAAAACUUUAUUUAAUUACUGUUAUAAAAAAACCAGAUGAUUAUAAAUAUGAAUAUUUAUAGAUAGUAAUCAAUAAUUGUUGCGCUAAUUCAAAUUCUAUAUUCAAGGAUAAAUGCAACAAAUCGGAUGUCACUUCAUCAAAAAAAAAGUUUAUAAUUUUAACCUCUACAGUGUUUAAGUAACGGUUUAGCGUCAGAUUAAAUUUACUUUAUUACAAUAUGAAUUCGGACUAACAUUAAAAUUGCAAAUUUAAUAUUAGUCCAAAUUCAUAUUAUACAGAGUAUAAGCAAACCUACUACCUUCUUUGAGUAAAUUAUACUGCCAUAGAACCUCAUACUAGGUUAACCUCUGCUAAGUGCUUGUUUAAUACCAAAUACCAAGUGCAGUCUCAGCGUUAAUUUACUCCGACGCUAAUCCUUGUUUAUUUAAAAACACUGCUAUUGUUUAAAAUGAAGAUUUCUUCUUAUCUAAUAGCCAACCUCACAGGAAUUAAUGUUCAAAAUUUGUAUUUGGCUAUCCUUGAAUACUGAAAAUUUUAUAUGUGUUAAUGACAAAUGACAUAAUUUUUAUGCAUGUUUAUAUAUCAGUCGCCAAUAAUGUCCAGCACGUGUAGCAUGACUAACUCGAGAAACCCUUUGUCUACACCUAAAUGUCACUUUUUCGGGUCGAGAGUGAGAUGUAUGAGCGCACCUGAGACAAGUGUGCUCACUUGAGCGAUUUGCUUUGUAGCGCUCGCAGACUUCACUGAUCCAGUUGUAAAACUCGAUUGCUAGAAAACUUACGAGUAACAUAACAAAUAACAUAAUACUUAACUUCCAAUAAUCUUUGACUUACAAUCGCCAUGAGUAACUGAAAUUGGUAAGAUUGCGAUAUGCCCUGUGGCUUUCCUAUCACCUCUUAUUGCAAUGUUUAAUCCAUGCAGCGAUCAGGGACGCGACCGCCUAACUCAUGGACGUAGCCGUCGUCGUAGCUAUAACCUACGCUUUAUAUGUUUUACACAUGAAUCUGUUGAUGUUGUUUUAAAAUUAAUUGUUUUUUUAUAUAUUUUAAACAAACGUUUUGGUUUGUUUUUCUUUUCGAAAUAGCAUUGUUUGUAUAAAUUCGGCAUUUUGUAAAUUUCGUUUAACUUUAAUAAUUCAGUUAACAAAAACAACCAAAAUGUUUGAUUAAAUAUGUAAAUAAUAAUAAACGAUUAAUUUUUGAAAUGGCUAACAAUUCGCCAGCGUAGGGAUCUGAGGAUCCUUUCCACUCUCUAUUCUAUACUUAAAGAUCCGUAUGCACCUGGAUAUUUGAAAUGUAAAUUUCAGUAUCUAGGUGCUUCUCACAGCCGUAAUCUUCGUUCAGACAGCAAACAAACUCUCAUUUUUCCUUCUCACCGGACAGGUUUCAUUUCCAAUUCAUUUUCGCUUCAAGCUA